AUGAGCUUAAGCAAAGAAAAUAUCUCUCUUAAUUUCGACUAAUAUACCUCCAAUUCCAAUUAAGAAACAGAAUCUUUUAUGGAUAUUUCGCCUUGUAUGAGCAAGUCAGCUUCAUCAUAUUCUUCAGAAACUCGCUAAUAAAAAAUAGAUAAGUAUUUGGUUACUUAUUAAGAAAUGCCUAGUUCUGAGUGUCUUGAAGUUUUUAGAGAACAAUAAAAAUCAAACUACCUAAAAAACUUGAUUAGAUCCUUUAAUCGUUUUAUCCUUGAUGAAGGUGAUUCAGUGAUCAUUGAGUGCUUAGACAUUUAUCAAAAAAAAUGCGCUUAGUUCAGGCAGUAAUUCAAAAAAUUUAUUAAAAGGAGAAACAUUAACAAUUCUCUUGUCAAAGAUCUCAUACUGAAUGAUCGUUUUGGUAUCCUUUUCAAAUACUAUCUUGAAGUAUACGCAGUUGAUUGGCUUAAGCAGAGCCUUAAAAUUGUAGAUGUUAGAUACCAUAUUUUUUACAUUGUUUUUCUGCUUCGAAGUUACUCCGACUCAUCUCUUCUCGACACAAUAAAAUUCUACUCAAAGUGA